AUGUCAAGUAAAUCGGCUAAAGAACAAUUAGAACAGGAAAAGAAGAUAAGAAAGAAAAAGGCAUUACUUCUUGAACCAAAAGAAUCUAAUGCAAAUAAAUUCAAAUAUUUACAAUGGCUUAUUGAAGAAGAUAGUGAUAUUGUAUCAUAUUGUAAAAUAAAUCAUUCAUUGACUGGAUUAAUUCUUAGUGAAUAUGCUACUGGACAAGUUGCUCAUUGUAAAAAAGGAAAACAAACUAGUAAAGCAGCCUUAAGUCAAUUAAAAAUAAUAGAAUUUGCAGGAAAAGUAUUUCCUUAUAAUGAAUUCCAUGUAUUUGAGUCGUUAUUUUCAUUAUUUGAGAAUUAUCUUUCUAUUGGAACUGAUACAAUAUUAAGACGUGCAGCAUAUGAAACAUUAUUAAAUAUGUAUCAAGAUAAACAAGAGUAUUCAUCACAAUUUGCAAGAUAUAUAUUAUCUUCAAUGAAUAUUGGAAGUUUAAUUGAUCUAUCACCAAACCAACCAUUUCCUGGAUUAGUUAAUGAACCUUAUGUUCCUUCAGAAGAACCUGUUGAUGAACGAUCACUUUCAAUGGAAUUUAUUGAUAAAUUUUUGGAUCGACUAUUAAAGAAAGAGAGUUAUAAAACAUUUCUUCCUAUUGCAGAACAUAUAUGUGCAUUACUAUUUCCAUCAUUUUCUAAAACAAUUACAUUGUCAUGUGUUGUCCCAUCAACAGGAUUAGGAGAUGUUCCAACACGAUUAAUGGAAAUUAUUUUAACUGAAUUACGAAAAAUAAUAACUAGUGAUAUUAAAGAAAUGUUCUUCAAAGAAGAGGGUACAGUUCCAUUUUUAGAGUUUAUUCUAUCAACAGCAUUAAAUUUCUCACCAGAAACAUUCCAAAAUGGACUUAAUUAUUUUACAUUUUUUUAUACAGAAUUUGUUGCUAAAACAAACACUGCAACAAGUUUUGAAAAUGCACUUGGAAGUACAAAAUUAUUAGAAUUUAGAAGAUAUAUUAUUCAAUGUAUUGAUAUUCCAUUUGACCAUGCAGAAAUGAAUCCAAAUAUUAGUUGUUUUACAUCAGCACUUCAUUCAAGAAUGAUGGAAUUAUUAAAUAAUGAAUUAGAUUUAAUGGAUGAUAUGAAAGAUUUACUUAUUGCAACACUUGUUAAUAAUAUUAAUAAAUUAGUUACUUGUUAUCGUGAUGAUGCUAUUGGUUCACUUGUUGAUACUAUUAUUACAUCUUAUGUUAGAUGGAGACAUUCAGCUACAGCAUAUAACAAAUUAUAUGAUAUGCUUCAUCAAUUUUAUUCUUCUUCAGGAUUAUUAAAUCAGUUAUGUCAAAAAAUUAUUCAUGUAACAAAACAAAUUAUUUUCUUACCAAAGAAUUCUACAUUACAAAGUUCUAAUCAAAUGGUACGUUAUAUUAAUGUUGAACCAGAUUAUAUAUUUCCUAAUGAUGAUCCUACAUUUAAAGAAAUGAUUAAAAUGAAAUCAAAUGAAAUGUUUGAAUUAUGGGAAGGACUUUGGGUUAUGAUACAAGAUACAUGUAUAGAAACAUCAGUAAAAAAUUGUAUUACAAGUGUGAGAAAAGUAUGUGAUUUAUUAAUGAGAUAUGAUAAAGAAAAUAAAGUUGAUUUAAUGAAUAUUUUUGGUACAUAUUUCCUUCGUAGUCUUUCAUCUUCAGAAGAAAUUGAAGUAAAAAUAACUGCAGGAUUAGGAUUAUGUGAUUUAUUUGUUAGAAAUAAACGAUAUAUUCUUGCAGCAUAUUCUACAUUUUAUGAAAGUAUUGUUCCUCUUAUUCCAAAUGCACCAUAUGAAUUUCUUCUUGGAUUACAUGAUAUUUUUUCAUUAAGAUUACCAGGAUGUACUAGAAUGAUUGUUCCAUUAAUUUCUAUGCUUCAACAAUUACCAACAUUACCAGAAAAAUUACAUGAAAAUAAUAUAAUGAAAAUUAUUGGAUUAUUAAAUUCAUUAAUUUAUGUAGAAAAAUUAUAUCCACAAGUCUUCCCAUUAAUUAAAUUUACAGAUACAUUAGGAGAUUUUAAUAAUUCAUUAUAUUAUGCUCAAAAACAUUUAAUGUCUUUAUUUAAAGAUCCUAUUGCACAAGAAACAUUAUUAUGGGGAUUAGCAUGUCAUCUUCAUCUUCUAGUUAUUCAAAAAAAACAAAAUGAUUUAGCAUUAGAUAUAUUAAAAUGUUUAAUAUCUUAUUUACCAACUGAGAGGUAUGGAUGUAUUUGUCAAAUUAUUUCAUCAUUAGCACGUUUAUCACCACCAUUACCUAUUCCAUUAAUUACUGAAUUACAUAUUUCUACAUUUCAAAUGAUUUCUACUUUAAAUAAUCAAACAGUAGGAAGUUUACUUUAUGCAUUAAUGGAAUAUCUUAUUUCACCAACAGUAUCUCCAGCAAUUCACUCUAUUGAUAUAGCUAAUGUUAUGCUUGAAGCACUUACUAGUGCACUUCAUAUGAAUACAACAACUUCAAACCCACAUCGAGUUAUUGCUGCAGAAGCAGCAGAGGCAUAUAUUGGAUUAUAUAUAUCAGGAUUAGGUACAGAAGGUGCUUUAUUAGUUAAUUCUACUGGAUCAGAUAUAUUAGAUAAAUCAACUAAAUGGUUUUUUAAUGGUAAUACAUUAUAUUCUGUAACACAUCCAGACAAUAAAGAAGAUGUCAUAAUUUGUGUAAGAAAUAGUGUUGGUAGAUUUGAAUGGAAAUUUACAGAAGUACAAGUUCCUAAUUGGAAAAAGACUAUUGAACAUAUAGAAAUUCUUGGUAAUGUUCCUGAAGGAGAUGGUAUUGUUGUAGAAAAGAUUCAUAGUGAUAUUAAUGAUGUUUCUCAACUUAUUGAUUUAAUUCCAGAAGAACUUGUUUGGGAUUUCCCAACUGAAUUAGAAAAUAAAGAAGAAUUUGAUCAAACAUUAAAAACAAUAACAAAUGAAUGUAUUGAUAUGAGAAAAACACUUCAACAAAUACCAAAAGAGAAAAUUGAUAUUUUACCACCUUCUUUACCAGAAAAAAUUAAUGUAUCAAUUACCUCACCAUUAACAACAGGAUUAUUAAUGACUGAAUUAUUCUUUAUUGAUGGAUUAGCUAUUUCAUCAAGAUUAACAUCAUUACCAUCUCAUGACAAAUUUAGAAAUUUAAUCAGUACUCUUGAUAAAACUCCUGCAAGAAGAGUGUAUCCAAUUGGUUUGAUUUAUGUAAAGAAAGGAAUGAAAAAUAAAUUAGAAAUAUUAAAGAAUUGUGAAGUUUCAAGAAGAUAUGAAGGAUUCUCAAGUUCAUUAGGAGAACAAAUGGAUAUUAAGAAAUACAAUGGAUUUAUUGGAGGAAUGGAAAAAACAGGAAAUGAUGGUACAACUGUUCUUUAUUAUAAAUCAUCAACAAGAGAAUGUGUUUAUCAUGAGAGUGUUAGAAUGCCAUCUAUAGAAGGUAAUGAAAAAAGAAAAUGGAAAUUAAUCAGUGAAGAUCAUGUUAUAGUAAUAUGGAAUGAAAAUUAUCAAGAAGAAAACCAAGUUGAAAUUGAAGAACAAAAUAAUGGAAAUAUUUCAAGUCAAAUAAUUAUUAAACCAGGAAUAUGUGGUGUUGAUACUAUUGAAAUACAUAGAAAAAAAGAUGUAAGAGUAUUUGGACCAUUAUUAGAUAAUAUGGUUGUUCCUGAAGAUAUUUUAGGAGAAUUAAUAAGAGAAACAACCUUUAAUGCAUCAGACAACUCAAAACAAAGAACUAUAGGAGAUGAUGUAAUGUUACCAUAUUUACAAAGAAAACAAAUGAUAGAUGACAUAAUUCCAAAGAAUCCAACAUUCUCACAAAAAGGAUAUUUAUCAACAAUCAGUAUGUUCUUAGAUGAUAAAGAAACUACUAAACAAGAAAAUUAA